UUCGCCGGAGAUACAUUCCCGUUUCUACGUACAGUACGGUACAGCGCCGACACGACGGGAGUAGCUAGGCGAGUAGCCAGCCAGCCAGCUAGUGUGGUUUGAUUUUUUGAUGAGCAGCUCGUUGGCUAAGGCGGCGGCCGGCGCGAUGGGGAGCAAGGCGGCGCGCGCCUGCGACGGCUGCCUGCGGCGGCGGGCCAGGUGGUACUGCGCCGCGGACGACGCGUUCCUCUGCCAGGCGUGCGACGCGUCGGUGCACUCCGCGAACCCUCUCGCUCGGCGGCACGAGCGAGUGCGCCUGCGGCCCACGUCGCCGCUUCAGGCCGGAGCCGGCGGCCCGCGGGCCAGGCGCGGGGACGAGGUCGUCCCGGCCUGGUUCAAGCGCAAGCCGCGGACCCCGCGCGGCAAGAGCGUCAUCGGGCAUCUGCUGUCGUCGCGGCGGCCCGUCGUGGUGCCGGACGAGGCGUCCGGUGGGGAAGGCUCGCCGGAGGAGCACAAGUUAUUUGAGGGGGAGACUGACGAGGAGGAGCUGCUGUACAGCGUGCCCGUUUUUGACCCCGCCCUCGCGGAGCUCUGCUCGCCGUCGUCGCCGCGGCAUCUCGAAGACUACGCGUCGUGCUGCAACGAGGACCGCGUCGUUGUGCUCGAGAGCCCGACGGAGCCUGCGGCGCCGUCUCUGGCAGUUGAUCAAUUCUUCCCCGACAGCGUCGUCAGCUUCGGCCCCACGGACGCCGAGCUCAUGGAGUUCGCGGCCGACAUGGAAGCGCUUCUUGGCCGCGGCCUGGACGAAGGGACCGAGGAGGAGCCGUUCUGCAUGGAGGCAUUGGGGCUCAUCCAGCCGAUGGUUGACGUGGACGGUGCCGGCGGGCGAGUCAAGAUGGAGACCGACGGCGAGGCUAGAGGCAUGUUUCUGGCGUGCGGCCUCGAGCGGGAGCCGGAGACGGAGGUGUCCGGCAAUAUGCUCGGCAUCGACUUCGACGACGACUACGGCUCACCUCAGGCCACGCCGGACGAGAAUGCGGCCAGCGGGAGUGCCGCACGAUUCCUUCCGAGGAGCCUCUCGCUCAAUCUAAACUACGAGGCCAUCAUCGACAAGUGGGAGAAGUCGCCGUGGGCCGACGGCAAGAGGCCGGACGUCAAGCUCGACGGCUGCUGGCCACACGACUACUCGAUGAGCGUUUGGAUGAUGGGAGGAGUGCUCGUUGGCCAUGGCACGGAGGAGCUGCGAACGCCGAGGACGAAGAUGGACGGCGGCAGGGACGCGCGGGUGUCGCGGUACCGAGAGAAGCGGCGGACGCGGCUCUUCUCCAAGAAGAUUCGGUACGAGGUGCGCAAGCUCAACGCCGAGAAGCGGCCACGGAUGAAGGGCCGCUUCGUCAAGCGGGCCAACGGCGUUGCCGUCGCCACGGCCUGCGUCGCGUAGCUCUGCCGAUCGUGCAAUGCCGUCGGUUUGCAUGCACACGCACAUGACUGCUGCAGGCUGUGUGGGCUCGUGUCAUGAAAUGACAACACAAAACAACUCGUCGAAACUGCUUAAUUUAGUUGCUUUUCUUUUCAAAUAUCCCGAUCACCGAUGUUACUAUCUUGUUGAGGAUCCAAGGAAUUUCCUGUGAUCACGAAGGUCGAAAAUGAAUAAUACUAAAGCUUUUACGAAGAAUCA